ACGGAGAGAGAUACAACCUGAACCCAUUUUUAUUUUUCAAUUGAAGCUUUUCCUGCACCAGUCCAUAAAGGGAGGUUGCAGACUUGCAGGGCACAAGAGUGAAGAAAAUGGCUGCGCUUUGUGGAAGCUGCUCCUCUUUUGCUUCUCCCAUCUCGCGCCUCGACCCCGCAAAUCAGCUGCCUCUUAACCCUCCUCUUUCGCACCGCCCAUGGAGGAAUAUGGGCAAACCCACUGAUUCCACGAUGCCUGCUGCUUUGUCGUUGACCUCAUCGCCUCUCCAGGGUUUGGGAUUUGGAACGGAGAAGAAGAGGAGUGAUACAUUGUUGCAGACAUUAGCUGUUCGACAUCUGACAGGCUCUCUUAUGUCAGCCGAGGGUCUCCGUUUUGCGAUUGUCUGCUGUCAUGUUAUUAUUGUUGUUGGUGUUGCUGUGAUUGUUGCUGUUCUUUUCUGGUCCUGUUUUCUUCAUAAGAUUGUUGUGGCACGAUUCAACGAGAUCAUUACCAGACCACUUCUGGAUGGAGCUUUGGAUACUUUCAAGAGAUAUUCGGUUAAAGAAGAAGAUAUUGAUGUUGUUUGGGUGCCUGGUAGCUUUGAGAUAGGUGUGGUUGCCGAGAAACUUGGGAAAUCACGAAAAUAUCAAGCCAUUUUGUGCAUUGGAGCUGUGAUUAGAGGAGAUACAACCCAUUAUGAUGCUGUAGCUAAUUCGGCUGCGUCUGGAGUACUGUCAGCUGGUCUAAAUUCAGGUGUCCCUUGCAUAUUUGGUGUACUUACGUGUGAUGACAUGGAGCAGGCUAUAAAUCGAGCCGGUGGCAAAUCGGGAAAUAAAGGUGCUGAAGCAGCUCUGACAGCUAUUGAGAUGGCAUCUCUAUUUGAGCAUCACCUCAAGAAUUAAUGUGCAUUUUCUUCCACCCAUCGUCUUGGAAAAGCUUUGUUGUGUUGUGUCCGUCUUCUGUCGUCUGGGAUAACAACUGGAACUUCACUUAAAUACAUGAACAAUUUUUUUUUCUUUUUAAUUUAACCUUUGAAUUUACGCCAUGCGGCCUUAUGGCCAUGUUUGAGACUUUCUGUAACGGAGCUACUUUCAAGGCAAAUCAAUUUCCUCAUAUACUCUGACAUUCGUCCUCUGUUUCUACUUCUGUUUUAUCAGCUUGUUGGGUGUGUGAAACAAUGAGUGUUGUUUGUGUCGUGUUUGGCAGUUAUUACUAUUGGAUAAUUGAUAAUUUUAGAGAAUAAUUGAUGAUUGGUUGUUUUAGUUGAUAAUUUAGAGAAUACUUGAUGAUUGAUUGUUUUAGUUGAUGUAAAGAGCAAACGUCCCUCCUAAGGAGAUUCCAUAGGUUUAUCCGGAAUGAUGGAAUG